AUGGAGCGAUGGUUUAAAACGGGUUCCAUUAAACCUGAGAAUCGACAGCCAUCAACUACUGCUAAAUCAAAAGAGGAAUCUGAACACUGUAUUGAUAAAACUACUUUAGAAUCGACGAUGCCUGAUGUCGAGGUACAGAAAGGGAGUAAAAAACGAAAAUAUUGUGAUUUAUAUUUGGACAUGGGAUUCACUGAGUUUGCUGAUGGACGUCCUCAAUGUGUAAUAUGUAACAAAGUUUUGCCUAAUAGCUCAAUGUUUCCCGCCAAACUUAAACGACAUUUCGAAACUCAUCCUGAUUUCAUGAAUAAAACUACAGAUUAUUUUAAAAGAAAAAGUGAUGAACUCCAUUCAAUUCAGAAAACAUUUGUAUCUCAUGUAAAGACACAUAAUGAGAACGCACUGAAAGCAUCUUACUUAGUAAGUUAUGAACUGGCUNUUCAUCUCGCUGAAACUUUUAUAAAACCACUAUUAGCGAAAGUAGUAAACUGCAUGGUGGACGAAAAAACUGCAAAUUUAAUCUCCAGUGUACCCUUAUCGAAUAAUACUGUGCGUAAUCGAAUUCAGGAUUUAUCACACGAUGUUAAGGAUACCUUAAUUUCUCGUAUUAGUCAAACUAAAUUUUCGUUACAACUAGACGAAUCUACGGACGUUGCCGGAUUAGCUGUGUUAAUGACGUUUGUACGGUACGAGUUAUCAGGUUCUUUUCAUGAAGAUAUUCUGUUCUGUAAACCACUUCCAUCUUCAACCAGCGGAAGUGAAAUUUUUUCUAUGCUUGAUGCCUUUUUCAUUGAAAAUUCAAUACCAUGGGACAAUUGCAUUGACGUGUGUACAGAUGGUACAAAGGCCAUGAUGGGUAAUAUUGCUGGCGUAGUGGCAGGAAUCAAGGAAGUUUCAAAAAAAUGCACGAGUAGUCAUUGUGUCUUGCAUAGACAUUCUCUAGCAACAAAAAAAAUACCAGUUGUAUUAAAGCAAGUGCUAGACAACGCAGUUAAAAUUAUUAACUAUAUUAAGACACGACCUUUGCAAUCUAGACUACUUAAAAUAUUGUGUGAAGACAUGGGAGCUGUACACAAGUCAUUAUUAUUACACACAGAAGUAAGAUGGUUGUCACGAGACAAGGCGUUGUCCCGCUUACUUGAACUUCGAACAGAAGUUUCUUUAAUUUUGAAUGACCAAAAUAGUUUGCUCGAAGAUUAUUUGAAUGAACAGGAAUGGCUGAUCAAAUUAUGUUACUUAGCAGAUAUUUUUUCGAAAAUGAAUGAAUUCAGCACAUCUAUACAAGGAAAACAGAAAACAAUAUUUGAUGCCAAUGAUAAAAUUUUAGCACUUAAGAAAAAAGUAGCAUUCUACAUUGAAAGCGAUGCUCAAGAAUCGAUUCAAAAAAACUGCGAAUGGAUUAUAAAUCCAUUUUCAGUGACAUCAAAACCAGCAGCUCUUAAUGCGGCAGAAUAUGAGGUUUUUAUUGACAUGGUUUCGGAGAGUCACAAUCAGACGUCAUUUAAAAACAAACCAAUAUCUGAAUUUUGGGCUCAGUUAGGGGAAGAUUUUUCAGUAUUGAGAUCAAAAGCUAAAUUGCUCUUAUUGCCUUUUGGUACGACGUAUCUUUGUGAAAUGGCUUUUUCGAGGUACACUGCUACCAAAACAAAAUAUCGAGCACGUUUAAAUGCAGAAGACGAUAUGCGUCUCCAAUUAACUUCUGUGACACCGGACAUUGACAAACUUAGUCGCAAAAAGCAGGCACACUGUUCACAUUAA